ACAGUGGGAAGGAGUGGUGAGAAGUGAGAAGGGACGAGAGAAGAAGCUUGUUACUGUGAGGGGCAUCGUUAGAAGGAGGAAAGAGAGAAUGUGAAGGGGGGAAUGGUAGGGUGAUGACGCAUGCGCACAAUCAGUGUCAAUAACAGUCGGCUUUUGGAGCUUUACUUGCUGUUUUUAAGAUAACAAGCAGUACACGUUAUAGAUACAACUGGUUUCAUGAAAAUCACAUUUGCACUUGUCCCAACAGCGUACGAAGACAUCUGUUGCGAGACAGGAACAUUCACGGCACUUGUGUCGCACUAAGAUGCAUUUGAUGUGCAUGACAGCAUGGGAAAAAUCACUGAUGAUUGUCCAGGUGACGAUAGAAGCUCGUUGGCCUUUGCCAAAGGAGGAAACAUUUCAUUUGUAACAUCGUCAUCCACACAUGAGACCGAGCACACCUACACAUCAUCUUCGGCAUUUCGACGUGUACCACAGUACGGGAAUUCUGCAUUCUUUUCUUUGCAACCCAACCCCAACAUGGAGUCUAAUCUGAGCACCUUAGAUGUCACAGGCGAUGGUGUGAACCAGCAUGAGGACUCUGUUUCGUCUACAGUUCAUGAGUUUACACAGGAUACAAAUACUCUGACACAAGAUCCCAACUCCAUGUUGUUACGCAUGCUCAACAUGUCUGUCACGGAAGAGCAAUCUUGGCUUGACACAGCUACUGCCAUGUCUUUGAGGACAUGCUCUCCCCCUGGCACGCCAUCAUCUCCUUCUAACCGUGAAUCUCGAAGUUCAAGCCCCUCCCCGUCCCGUAAGGGGGGUGUCUCCCCGCUUGCGCUGGCUGUGUCAGAGGAGGCCACCUUGGGGGACACCCUGCUGGUUCAGGGCAGCUCUGGUAGCCCAGGGGGAAAAGAUGUAGCACCUGAUACAGGUUCACGUACUGCUCCUGAUCUGCAGAAUCUGCAGAUGGCUUUGAGAGCCCUGAUAAAGGGCGUAACACAGGCAUCACCUCAAGAGUCUCGAUGUGCCUCUGCUAGUACCAUAUGUGGAGUGGCAAAAACUUUGCUCUCAGCAGAUUCAACGACUCACUCCACAAGUAACCUUUUUAGCCCGCAUCCUGUAUCAGCACUUUCUAAAGGAGGAGCAGCAAGGAGGAUAAAUCAGGUGGUAAAACGGCCCACUCUGUACAUGUCUUUCCCGAGCCGCAGCAGGCAUGGAGCUGUGGAGGUAAAAAUACUUGCACAGCCCGAGGAGCAACAUCGGGCCCGCUACCUAACAGAGGGGAGCCGUGGAGCUGUCAAAGACCGUACUGGAAUGGGAUUUCCUAGUGUAAAGCUGGUGGGCAUCCAAGAACAAGUGAAGCUGCAAGUGUUCAUAGGGACAGACCAAGGAAAAGUGCAACCUCACAUGUUCUAUCAAGCAAGCCGGGUUUGUGGCAAAAAUUCCACUCCAUGUGUGGAACGUAGAGUAGAUGGGACAACUGUCCUUGAGAUUGACAUGCUUCCUGCAAAGGACAUGACAGUCAGUUGUGACUGUGUGGGAAUUCUCAAGGAAAGGAAUGUAGAUGUAGAAAAACGUCUGGUGCGAUAUGGUGGAACUCGAAAUAAGAAGCGCAGCACCAAAUGCCGUCUUGUAUUUCGGGUGUGUUUGCCAUCCCAGUUAGCACCAGAUGGUUCUACAAUACCAUCAGAAAUACUCCAGGUGGCAUCUGCUCCAAUACUUUGCACACAGCCACCUGGUAUCCCUGAAAUAUCAAAGAAAUCACUAACAGAAUGCUCCAGCAAAGGCGAAGUGGAGUUGUUUAUUAUAGGCAAAAACUUCUUAAAGGAUACACAAGUACUUUUCAAGGAACCAGCAUCAGAUAAUGUGGACCAUGAAGUAAGAUAUAUAUGGGAAAAGUCUGUUACACCAGAGAAAGAGUAUUUACAACCUACUCAUUUAAUCUGCCGAACGCCCCCGUUUCGUAAUCCUGAUAUCGCUCAUCCAGUACUUGUUCACCUUGUGGUCACGAGUGGAGGAAGGGCAAGUGAACCCCAUCCAUUCACUUAUACCCCUGUCAAAGGAGAUCUUGGACCCCUCAGUCCUUCGUGCAGCUCUAAGGUUGUAGCAGCUGCUGUCACACAACCCUUGGAUCUGAAACCCCAAUUUGGCGUUCCUUCAGGGAGUACUCCCACCAUUAUCCAGAUCCCAGUGCUAACAGCAGCGUCCACAGGAGGGGCACAGCAGCAGCAGCAGCGUCACUCUGUUCCUACACUUGUUAUUCCUACUACUACAAUUUCACUUUCAACAACACCAGGUGCGACAGAUACAGCCCAGCUGACAUCAAACAGCAAUUCCCAGGCCUCUAGCAGCAACAUCCAAUUUGUAGUAGUGCAGCAACCUGCUGCAGCCCCACAGUCACUAUCUUCCUCUUCUGGACCUGUUAAUCUGAUGGUGUCCUCCCAGUUACCCACUGCUCUCAAGGCUGGCUCGGACGAUACCCAGCAGUCAGCGGAGUCGUGCAAUUUGAAGAGAAAAAUAUCCUGUAUCCCAGAAGAGUUACCUGCUCCAGAGAAGUGCACAAGCUUUGAGACACAGGGUGAAGAUGCAAUUGCUUCAGGGGAGGCUUCCCUGGCAAAACUGGGGAUAUUCUAUCAAGAAGGGAACUCAGCUCAGGCGACAACAUCAGCUCAGCCACUAUUGCCACCCAAUGUACCCCUGAGAACACAAGCUGUGGAACAGAUGAUAGUACAAGAAAUUCCAUCAGAUCACUACUCAUCUUCAAGGCACCAUGGCUUUGAGUCAGGCAGCCACUGGCAUAGUGUGCCUACUAUGGCAAACAGUAGUUCGCCGACGGCACUUUCAAUUCAAGAAGCUGGAACCGUGUCAGUCUCUGAAGCAGUCUGGCCAACAAUGGGUUUGACAUCCUGUGAACCCACGUCAGACGAAACCGAAGCAAAGACGUCGGCAACCGAAGGUAGCGUGAUGGAUCCUGCAGCUGUGGGACAGUGUGGACCCUUUACUGAUGAGCAGCAAUUCAAGAAGCAGAAAGUAAAGGCAGGUCUUGGAAUGUCACUUCCAGGAUGGGCUCCUAGCACAUUAGAGCCAGUCCAAAGUAUGGACUAUAUGUCUGUUUCCACGGCAAACAAUAGUCAAGUUAAGGCUGAGCCAUCUGCUUGGUCUACCUCGGUACCCAUGAACGAACUCCUGAAUGAGUCUGUCAAGCCAGAGCCUGCUGCUUGGUCUACAAGAAUGCCAAUUAAUGGUCUUCUAAAUUCUUCAGAGAGUGCCAAAGUGCCCGUGGUGUUUGGGAACAACGUAAUUAUGGAUACUGCAGCGUCAGGACCCACAUCCACACCUGUAUCAGAAGCUCACUUCGUCACUCCGACUACGUUUACAGAUACACCUCAGCCCGCUAUUGAGACAGCGAACAAAGAAACGGGUGUUUCCCCUGUAGCAGUCUCAACAGAGGCAAAUUUUGCUCACACGGCCUAUGAAAGUAGGGUGGAACAACAGCAGACGCAAACACAGUUGCCGUCCUCCAUGCCAGCACAGUUACCACCUCAGUUGUCGCCUCAGCUACCACCUCAAUUACAACCACAGCUGUCUUCACAGUUGUCAUCACAGCUCUCACCACCCGCAAUCCAGCCACAUCUGAGCAAUCCAGCUCCUGGGGAAAAACAGCAGCAAGCCCAGCCACAGGUUUCGACAGCUGGCCAAGGAUCAUCAGCGACCAAUCUUGACCAUAAUAUCUCAACUAUGUCCAUGCUCCCAGAGUCUGAGCUGUUGCGUAUGAUCAACCCCAAUGCUUUUGACAAUGUUUGAAGAGCAUCUUGCCUAGUCAGGAUGGAGAACUGAAGUUUAGGAGGUGUCAGCACAUGCCCACACUUACCACUAUGUUGCUGGCAGUCAGUAGUACUGGCAAGUGAUCUCCUCUUAGGAGUGUGAUACUAAGUCUGUGUAAAUGGUGUUUGCUUGGCAACAAGUCACUGUGUGGAUUACGGUGCAUCAAUGUCUGGUUAUUAUGAAAAUAUGACUCAUCUUGUCUUGUUAAUGACAUGUCAUGUUAUCUGUGUGUUGGCUAUUCUCACUUUAUUUGCACACGGAACUGUGCAGCUUUUACGAUAGAGACAGAUAAAAUGCUUUGUAAUGCCUGGUGGUGUGGUGGAGGAGGUGCACAGGAAGGAAAGUUAUAGGAUUACACUUGAAUGUGGUGUUGGUAGAUAUGAAAAAUGCAGUACGGGCACACAUUUAGCUGUAUAUGAGGGUUCAAUAUCAACUAUGUUAACAUCUACAUUUGCAGUUGAAAUGCAACCUAAGGUAUAGAUUGCAUUGAAAGUGCCCUCAAUUUUUUUUAUGUUUCGAAUGAUCUCGUAUUAUUGAGUCCUGCUUUAUUGCCCUAGUACCUGGAAGCUGUAAUCUUGUCUAGUGAAAAGUUGCUUUCUAAAGAGAAGAGCAAUUAGGAAAAAAGUAUUGGAUGAUUUCAAAUCAGUGUCAUAAGUUGGAACUUACGCCUAUAUUUUGUUGAGCUGUAAGCUGUUGCAUUUGAGAGAAACAUGCCAUCAUGCAUACUAGUAUUUACCAGCUAGAUUGAAGCACUGCAGUCGAGCAAGGUAUACAAGUCAGACACUAAUCCAUUGUUUUAGCCCUUCAGUGACAAUAUUUUUUGUGUGGUUGGGAUGGUCGACCAGAUUAAUUUUUAAAAUGCGUUUUUGCAUGCAUUGUGUUUGUGAUGUGUUGUAAACUGGAUGCAUGAAGACUAUUGUGGAGUCUCUGUAUAUCUGGCACUUGUGCAGGAGAUGAAUUAUACACAUAUGCAGGUGCAUAAAAGACCUGAGGGUAUGCUGCUUUUACUAGCUCAGAUGUUGUAGAGCAUCUGAGUAUGGUGCAAUACAUGUACUUCCCCACUAUAAAGUUUGUGUCGCGAGACACAGCAUAUUUUCUAAACUCAAAGCUACCCAUGCUUUGAUUGGAAAUGGUAAACAAGCUGUUUGACUUCCGUUGUAGGGAGUCAAAAUAAAAGGGAUAAAUAUUUUGCUUAAUAAUGUUUCCUGUGAAGCUGUCCACAAGAUGUUGGGUAGCCCACACAUGUUCAGAAUAAUUGACGUAAUACGAGAGGUUUUUUGACGGCAUGCAUAUUAUUAUUCAAAUGUUGUUUUAGCACAUCACGAGUAGCUUUUCAUGAUCAAAACAGAUCAGUAUGACAUAUAGCAUGACGUAUAGCGAAACAUUUAAUGCAAAUUUCCAAAUUCUUCCAAUAAAACCAGAUUCUCAUAAUGGCAUAUUGAAGUACAAAACAACACACAUAAGUGGUCCAUAUUCAUGGUACUUAGCAGUAACAACAUUUUGCUAUUGAGCUUGACAAAAAUGGUCAUCUCUUUGAGCAAACGACCUGCUCGUGUUAAGUUGAUUAGUCUGUGUGCAAUCUAAAACACUGUAGUGGUGUGUGUGUGUACUUAGCUGAUGUGUGGCGGCAUUUGUAAACCCAGUGCCCAAGCUUUAUUUUGAUGGCAUAUGACAUACAGGGUUUGGUUUAGCUAGUACCUGGCAGUACAAAGCUGACCAAGCUAUUAUGUAAUUUGAGAUAACACAUAGUAUAGCAUGUCAUUUUGCACUCAAAAAAAUGGUGCUGAAGUGUUAAUACUGAUUCUUUCCAUAUCACCUAGUCACCACAGUGCGCUGAUUUUCUUUAGCAUAUACACUGAAAUGAAAGGGACCUGCUGCAGGGUAUUGUUACUGUGACAUGAGGAGUACCAUUUCCUGAACUAUAAGACUGCUGUGUGUUGCGUUUCCAGUUGCAUUGUUCUUGGUGAAAGCUAGUUCCCACUUUCCUGCUACUGUGGUGACAUACUUAUCCAAACAGACUGCAGUGGAAUCUAGAUUCUUGUGACACUACCAUAAAAUCAUUUCAUGAGCGAAUGCAACAAGUAAGGGCACAAGAUAGAUUGACACCUCUCCACAUUUGGUGUAAUUGUUUUGAAACCGUCGGGGGGGGGGGGGGGGAUUUGUGGCUCAUAUCAAAGUAAAUUUGGCCAUAAAUUGUGUGUAAGCUAUUAACACAUUUCUAAAAUGGUUGCUUGACAACUUACACAUGUAUGGAAAUGUACUAGUUUUUGGGGUGCUUGACUGCACAUUAUUGACACUUCAAGUCAAUGUUGUGUUCUAUUGUUUGAUCCUGAGCUAAUAAUUCUCUAACAUAAAAGUUGCUUGAAUGAAUAUAUUACCACACGUCUAAAUCUAGAUACGAAACAUAUUGUGGUGUCAAAGAAGUGGUCGGCAAGCAGUGCAUAACAAAUGCGCCAUCUACACUGUAAUGUGCGUUACUGCACUUUGGGUCGUAGCAAACGGUUCGGUGUCUUUUACUCACGCUGAUGCUGCAUGUUGCCCUGCAUUAAAUAGCGUUCUUGUUUCCGUGACGUCAGGCAAGGAAUCAGUUUCUGUCUUCCUUUUGUGUGGGCAUUUGUAACAUUCCAGAGAAGUUUUGUUUUUACAAAAUUGUGUUUUAGUCAUAACAGGAAUUGAUCACCCAUCAAACGCGUACCCACCCAUUGAGUUUUGGUGCAUCAAGCAUCCCGACACGUGUGAAGCAUUCUUGUCUUCCUUUUUCAUUGUCACACAUUUUCAUUUUCAGCCAAUCAGCAGAUGAGUUCUCAUGCUUGGUAAAUAUCAUCGAUAAUGUGAAAUGGGUCUGGUACAAAAAUGAAAAUAAAGGAUAGGGCAUGCAGGCAAUGCCUGCGAACUGCGGUUCUGUGCAGCGUGAUGAGCAUAAAAUCACGCAUUGCCUUUGGAUAUGUGCCACCAGGGCAUGCAGCUAUAUAACAGCUGGCUUGGCAACACUCCUAAUCUGGCCCAAUAAAUGCAGUAAGCACAGUCUGCAGUAAGCACAUGGCAAAAAUGUGUACAUAAUAAAAUUGAAGUGAUGCCAAGUGCUUUUGUCAUUAAUAAUAUUUAAAUAGUUAAUUACAAAUUUACUUGGACAAAAAAAAAGCUUUAUUGUAAUUAAAUGAUAUUUGUGCAAGUAUCACUGCAUGAGAUUCUUUCAGGUUUCAAAAUCAAAUCCUACUGGCACUGGUUAAUAUUGGUAUGUUGUCAGUGUCAUUUGGAUAGAAAAAAACUUUCUGCUUGAUUUGAUGUAAUUAGCAAGCAUAAUUUCUCCUUGGAGGUCCUCAAAAUUUUGCCACCCAUAGACCUGCCUAACAGACCUUGUUCAUGACAUUCUGCACUGAUAUUUCUCAGCUCAAGUGUAUUGCAUGAAGCAGCUGUGUAUCAGGGCAUGAUGGCAUUGUGUUUUAAACAAUGCUAUCUUUGUGAUGGCCAUGGACAAACUUGUGAAACAAUGAGAAGCUCAUUUGGAUAGAGAAAGACUCUCAAUAAAAUGGAUAAAUAAAUUAAAUUAAUUAAAAUAAAAACAGCUUGUAAAAAGAUUACCAAAACCGUUUAAACCACAAAAAAUGUUUUGUAUAAAUAUUUAUGGUAUUUUGCAUGUGUUUCAUUACAACAUAUUUUUGUGUGGGGCCAAUGAACAUAUCAGCGUAAAGUGCGUGUGAACAACUUGACAGUUUCAGUGGGCAUAACACAGCCCAACUUGCAGCUUUACUUUGAAGGGAGCCAUGUUUAAAACAUGUUAGCGGUGUCAUAUAAAUAAAUACGGCAAAUUGCCAACACACUACUGGCACA